AUGGUUGUCAACGCCCUAAAGACCCGCGCCGAAUACGACGACGCCAUCAAGCCCGCCACCACCGCCUCCGGCUCCAGCAAACUCGUCGUCAUCGACUGCUUCGCGACCUGGUGCGGGCCCUGCAAUGCCAUCGCGCCCAAGGUCGCCCAGUUCAGCGAACAAUACUCCGACGUGGCCUUCUACAAAGUCGACGUGGACGACGUGCCCGAUGUCGCCCAGGAGCUUGGUGUCCGCGCCAUGCCCACCUUCGUUUUCUUCAAGAACGGUGAGAAGGUCGAUGAGGUGCUCGGUGCCGUCCCUCCUGCCAUCGAGGCUGCUAUCAAGAAGCACCAGGGUUAG